AUGACUAUUGAGAUGCAACAUAUUGAAGACUACAAGCUUGAUCUAUUUAUUUCUCCUACAACUGAAAAGAAAGAAAUCAUCGCAAUCGAAUCCCUUGCGAUCCGUGGCGAAAUCACCGCCUCCGCCCUCGCCGACUCCUCCUCCCCCCCAUACCCAGCAAUAGGUAGCCGUCGCCGCCUCCUCCUCCCCCCCCCCCCCCCCCCCACAUACCCAGCAAUAGGUAGCAGUCGAUCGGCAAGACCUUCCGCCAAGCACAGCAGAGUCGAUCCGCGAGCGCAGUCGAUCCGCGAGCAGAGACAGGAGUCGCCAUCCGCCGUGAGACCGGCCGCUGCUCGCUGGUCACAGUCUGCCGCAAGACCGGCCGCCGUACGCCGCGAGAUCGGCCGCUGCGCGCCGGUCGCCGUCCGACGAGCAGUCGAUCCGCGAGCAGAGACCGGAGCCACCGUCCGCCGCGAGACCGCCGUUGCUCGCCGGUCGCAGUCCGACGCGAGACCGGCCGCCAUACGCCGCGAGACUGGCCGCUGCGCGCCGUCCUCGAGCUCCGUCCGCGCGAGACAAGCCGCUGUCCGCCGCGAAGCCGCCGUACGCCGCGAGACCGGCCGCUGCGCGCCGUCCUCGAGCUCCGUCCGCGCGAGACCGUCCUCGAGAGCGCCGUCCUCGAGCUCCGUCCGCGACAGCUCCGUCCUCGAGCGCCAUCCGCGUUCGUUCCCGUCCGCGCGUGCCCUGUUUCCUCGCCGCAUGUUCUAUCAGCCAGAGGACAGGCUGAGAGAGAACUUGGUUGGCUCGCAUGAAAAUUCUUUUGGGAACUACAAAGCUUGAAUAUGAAAUUAGUGACAACGAAUUUGAAGAUUUUUUAAAACGCUGCAAGCAGGUCACUGAGAAGAAAAAGGUGACCCUUUGCUUAAGUACUUGGUCUACUACUAUAGCUUGAAUAUUGAAGUGAUGGGUGAAUUGAUGCCCAUUUUUUCCUCUACUUGUGCCUAGCGUGUAUGCAUGUUUGAAUUCUUUUGUAUGAGAAACUAGAGCUGCUGUAAGUUUGCAUCUCCAUAAGACACAACAUAGCACGGGGAAGUCUUAUUUUGGAAUGUCUCAAUUGGUCUUAGAGAUGUGAUGGUUUGCAAGAUGAUUUAUAGCUCGAGCAGGUGUCCACUUGAUCUAGCUCAAGAAACAAAGGAAGUAUUGGUUUGUUCAGAACUUGCCUUGCAAAAUGUGUGCACAAGAAAAUAGAUUCCCUUGCCACGGUUCUUUUCCAGUUGCAUCCAAUCCAAUUAAUAUCAUAGUUACUGUAGUUUGAGAUUUCAGAGUGGGAAGAAGGGGCAGAUCCCUUUCAGAGUAGUUUCAGUUUUCAUAUAUAUAAUCUAAAUAGAAAUUUGUAUGGUUUGUUUAGAUUUAAUGGGAAUAUGUUUUUGUCAAAUUCAUGUUUGUGAAUUUUUGCAAGUGGUGACAUUUCUUUUCCUUUGCCAUCAUCAUUCACAUAAAACUCAUCUACAACCAUUCUGUGGACCUAUAAAAUGUCGCGUGAUUGGUGUGGUCCUCCAUCAACACAUUGUGCACUCAAGUUCAUCACUUCUUCAAUUAAGUAAUAACUAAUUUCUAAAUUAAGGAAGGUGGGAUAAGCCUUGAAUUAGCUUGUGAAUGUUUGCCUGCACUCCCUCGGACAUCACCACCUAGCUAAUGGUCGUCAACUUGCCAAGAUGACUGUAACUUGUAGGCAGCCUAUGUCAACAUGCUUAACUGCAGGUGAGUUGUUCCAAAUGUUGUUUACAUGCUCUCAAUUGAUUCAUGUUUUUUCUUUACUCAACUUAUGCAGCUUUAUAUUGAAACUUAUUUGCAGACAUACUCUCAAAGUUGGUAGUAUUCCAUUGUAAAUGGAGUGCUGCCCAACUUUGCCAAUUACUUCCUAGGGAAUUUAGUUGUCAAUUCAAUGUGUGACGCUAUAUGGUUUGUUCAUUCUUCUGGUGGCAUGCUAUUUGCAUUCUUAAAAUGACAGUGCGAUUACUGAAGCUGCAUAUUCACUUCGUCAUAGUGCUCUGUUUGCUUUUUCAGACAUCCAGGUUGUAUAUUCUCUGAAAGCACUCCAAAAGAUAGGCGAGCAGGGCAAAUGACAGUGCUCUAUGCCUCCGUGCCCCUGGCAGCAGGCGAGCAGGGCAACGACGGCGGCGUACCGCACAGGCAGGCUCCAGCCUCUGGGUCGGCAACCGUGGAGGAUGCGGCGGCGGGAUCGGGAUCGGGUGACGAGGUAGCGCUCUUCCGGGAUGCUUAGUGGGGGAGAAGAGUGUGCCAUCAUCACCAGCACCAGCGCUCGCGCGCGGAGGACGCAGCGGCGGGUUCGGCCGUUCGGGAGUGGGUACUGAGGUUGCAUUGUUGCAUCCUCCGACGUGCACCAAGGUCUGGAUCUCCCUCCUUCCCUCCGACUUCUACCGGUGAUCAGUCAUGACACUGUAACCAUGUGCUAACUAUGAAGUCGAUCUACAACAAAGGCAGCUGUUGGCCUCCCCGACCACCACACCAUGCUCAUAUUUACAUCUAAUUAAUUAUUGCCCUCUUUCAAAUUGUUGCUUCUUUAGCCGGCUUCCAAUGGGAGGAAUCAGUUAAAGAGAUGGAAGAAGUACUGUAUCUUUUGGUAGCAAGGUGAAGACAGACUUUAUUUUCUUUUUGUAGGGCAGCUGCAAUAGACUAUGUUUUAUUAAGAUUAAUUUAAAUGGGAGCUUCGGCUAUUUAUCAUUUUUGUGACUACUCAACUUAUA